AGGCGAGGACUUGUGGGUAAUGGCGAUCGGCAGCUCGUUUUCCAAUAUCGAUCUUCGACCACACGUGAAGUACAUCGGAAAUAUGCAUGGCAAUGAGGCCGUAAGUCGGGAGGUGUUGCUGCACUUGAUUGACCUGUACGUGACGUCACACCACUGUGCACAUCAUGCCGUCAAUGAACCUCGAUGGUUACAACAUAUCAGUGGAGGGUCGAUGCACGGGUACCUUAGACCGAUACAACGCCAACGAGGAGAACUUGAAAAGAAACUUCCCCGAUUUAGUUCACGGCGGGGCAUUCAAACCCGUCCAACCCGAAACGCAGCACGUGAUAGACUGGCUGGACGACUACAAUUUUGUAAUCUCUGCCAACUUGCACGGUGGUGCUUUGGUUGCAAACUACCCCUGCGACUUUUAUUUCUCAGGUCGUAUGUCUUAUUAAACCUUGAUGACUUAUAAACACAACGCAAUAACAGAGAAUGAGACAUUCAUUGGAUUAGAUUUGUUUAUUAAUGCAUUGAAUUAGUUGCAAUUACUUGAUUUAAAUGCCUUACGUUAAAUUUAUUUUAAGACCCAAAACAAGGUUUUUCCGGACCCUCGAAGACGGUGGAUGACGACACUCCAGUAUAAAGCUCUGACCUAUGCAAGGUCACACUACACUAUGUCUAAAAAAACUAAUGGCAACGAAUGCGGCGGGUACUUUAAGAAUGGCAUUACAAACGGAGCCGAGUGGAAUCCUGUGUUAGGUGUAAAGGGAUACAUUCGGGACCAAAACAACAUCUCGUUGGAUGGCGCUGUGUUGAACCUUGAAGGACGAGCAUUCCCGACAUUCAGGUUUAAACAUGGCGGCCAGUACUUCCGACUCCUCAUGCCAGGCACAUAUACUUUGAAUGUCAGUUACAAGAUCCACAAGGAGACCAAAAAGUUCAUCGUGUCGACAGGCGUCGUCACACGCGUUGACGUCACUUUGGACCUUGACAAACUUGUAACUUCAAAUGAAACUGAAACUGAAGCUGUGGACGCGGAAACUGAAACUAGCAUACCUACUGAAUCUACCACACUUGAAACUUGAAAAAACAGCUGAAACUAAAACUGAAAGUCACCCUAAAACUGUGGACGCUAUCAAAACUGAAACUGAAACCAACAAACGCGGUCCCUCGAGCGACGCGCUUCAAUGCGCAGCCUCUUUGUCAAUUAUAGCUACGUUCUAUGUGGUAUCGCGUGCUCUAAUGUAUUGACCUUUUGCAUGCUGGGAAAUUUGUCGUCUGCUGAAAUGUCGUCUGUUGAAUUUCUAAAAUUAGCAUUUUCUUCGAAUUUUUGUCAAAAAAUACUAUCACAAUAAAAACAGUUUGGAUCCUGAUCAUCUGGAUCCAAACUGUUUGCAAAGGCUUUCAAAAUUCGGUUUCAGCACUGAAAGAGUUAAGGCCGCAAACACAAACAUUUUAUCUUCCGCUAACAAUAUAAACGUUACU